AUGGACGUGGACGUGGACGUGGACGUGGACGUGGACAUGGACAUGGACGUGGACGUGGACGUGGACGUGGACGUGUACGUGGACGUGGACGUGGACGUGGACGUGGACAUGGACGUGGACGUGGACGUAGACGUGGACCUGGACGUAGACGUGGACGUGGACGUGGACGUGGACAUGGACGUGGACAUGGACGUGGACGUGGACGUGGACGUGGAGAUGGACGUGGACGUGGACGUGGACGUGGAUGUGGACGUGGACGUGGACGUGGACGUGGACAUGGUCGUGGACGUGGACGUGGACAUGGACGUGGACGUGGACGUGGACGUGGACGUGGAUGUAGACAUGGACGUAGACGUGGACGUGGACGUGGAGGUGGACGUGGACGUCGUCUUGGACGUGGACGUGGACGUGGACAUGGACGUGGACGUGGACAUGGACGUGGACGUGGACGUGGACGUGGACGUGGACAUGGACGUGGACGUGGACGUGGACGUGGACAUGGACGUGGACGUGGACUUGGACGUGGACAUGGACGUGGACGUGGACGUGGACGUGGACGUGGACAUGGACAUGGACGUGGACGUGGACGUGGACGUGGACGUGCACGUGCACGUGGACGUGGACGUGGACGUGGACGUGGACGUGGACGUGGACGUGGACGUGGACGUGGACAUGGACGUGGACUUGGACGUGGACGUGGACGUGGACGUGGACAUGGACGUGGACGUGGACGUGGACGUGGACAUGGACGUGGACGUGGACGUGGACGUGGACCUGGACGUGGACAUGGACGUGGACGUGGACGUGGAGGUGGAGAUGGACAUGGACGUGGACGUGGACAUGGUCGUGGACGUGGAUCUGGACGUGGACAUGGACGUGGACGUGGACGUGGACGUGGACAUGGACCUGGACGUGGACGUAGACAUGGACGUGGACGUGGACGUGGACCUGGACGUGGACGUGGACAUGGACGUGGACGUGGACAUGGACGUGGACAUGGACGUGGACGUGGACGUGGACAUGGACUUGGACGUGGACGUGGACGUGGACGUGGACAUGGACGUGGACAUGGACCUGAACGUGGACGUGGACGUAGACGUGGACGUGGACGUGGACGUGGACGUGGACAUGGACGUGGACUUGGACGUGGACGUGGACAUGGACGUGGACGUGGACGUGGACGUGGACAUGGACAUGGACAUGGACAUGGACGUGGACGUGGACGUGGACGUGGACGUGGACAUGGACGUGGACGUGGACGUGGAUGUGGACGUGGACAUGGACGUGGACGUGGACAUGGACGUGGACGUGGACGUGGACGUGGACGUGGAGAUGGACGUGGACGUGGACGUGGACAUGGACGUGGACAUGGACGUGGACGUGGACGUGGACGUGGACAUGGACGUGGACGUGGACGUGGACGUGGACAUGGACGUGGACAUGGACGUGGACGUGGACGUGGACAUGGACGUGGAGGUGGAGAUGGACGUGGACGUGGACGUGGACAUGGACGUGGACGUGGACGUGGACAUGGACGUGGACGUGGACGUGGACAUGGACCUGGACGUGGACGUGGACAUGGACGUGGACGUGGACGUGGACGUGGACGUGGAUGUGGACGUGGACAUGGACAUGGACUUGGACGUGGACGUGGACGUGGACCUGGACGUGGACGUGGACAUGGACGUGGACGUGGACGUGGACGUGGACGUGGACAUGGACGUGGACGUGGACAUGGAUGUGGACAUGGACCUGCACGUGGACGUAGACGUGGACGUGGACGUGGACGUGGACAUGGACGUGGACGUGGACGUGGACGUGGACAUGGACGUGGACGUGGACGUGGACGUGGACAUGGACAUGGACAUGGACGUGGACGUGGACGUGGACGUGGACGUGGACGUGGAGAUGGACGUGGACGUGGACGUGGACAUGGUCGUGGACAUGGACGUGGACGUGGACGUGGACGUGGACGUGGACGUGGACGUGGACGUGGACAUGGACGUGGACGUGGACGUGGACGUGGACGUGGACCUGGACGUGGACGUGGACGUGGACGUGGACGUGGACCUGGACGUGGACGUGGACGUGGACAUGGACGUGGACGUGGACGUGGACGUGGACGUGGACGUGGACGUGGACAUGGACGUGGACAUGGACAUGGACGUGGACGUCGACGUGGACGUGGACGUGAACGUGGACGUGGACGUGGACAUGGACAUGGACGUUAACGUGGACGUGGACGUUGACCUGGACGUGGACGUGGACGUGGACGUGGACCUGGACGUGGAUGUGGACGUGGACGUGGACAUGGACGUGGACGUGGACGUGGGCGUGGACGUGGACGUGGACGUAGACAUGGACGUGGACAUGGACGUGGACAUGGACGUCGACGUGGACAUGGACGUGGACGUGGACAUGGACGUGGACGUGGACGUGGACGUGGACGUGGACGUGGACGUAGACGUGGACGUGGACAUGGACGUGGACGUGGACGUGGACAUGGACGUCGACUUGGACGUGGACGUGGACAUGGACGUUAACGUGGACGUGGACGUGGACCUGGACGUGGACGUGGACCUGGACGUGGACGUGGACAUGGACGUGGACGUGGACGUGGACGUGGACAUGGACGUGGACGUGGACGUGGACAUGGACGUGGAGAUGGACAUGGACGUGGACAUGGACCUGAACGUGGACGUGUACGUGGACGUGGACGUGGACGUGGACGUGGACAUGGACGUGGACGUAGACGUGGACCUGGACCUGGACGUGGACCUGGACGUGGACGUGGACAUGGACGUGGACGAGGACGUGGACCUCGACCUGAACAUGGACGUGGACGUGGACGUGGACAUGGACGUGGACGUGGACGUGGACGUGGACGUGUACGUGGACCUGGACGUAGACGUGGACGUGGACGUGGACAUGGACGUUAACGUGGACGUGGACGUUGACCUGGACGUGGACGUGGACGUGGACGUGGACCUGGACGUGGACGUGGACGUGGACGUGGACAUGGACGUGGACGUGGACGUGGACGUGGACGUGGACGUGGACGUGGACGUAGACAUGGACGUGGACAUGGACGUGAACAUGGACGUGGACGUGGACAUGGACGUGGACGUGGACGUGGACGUGGACGUGGACGUGGACGUAGACGCGGACGUGGACAUGGACGUGGACGUGGACGUGGACAUGGACGUCGACUUGGACGUGGACGUCGACAUGGACGUUAACGUGGACGUGGACGUGGACCUGGACGUGGACGUGGACCUGGACGUGGACGUGGACAUGGACGUGGACGUGGACGUGGACGUGGACAUGGACGUGGACGUGGACGUGGACAUGGACGUGGAGAUGGACAUGGACGUGGACAUGGACCUGAACGUGGACGUGUACGUGGACGUGGACGUGGACGUGGACAUGGACGUGGACGUGGACGUGGACGUGGACCUGGACCUGGACGUGGACCUGGACGUGGACGUGGACAUGGACGUGGACGAGGACGUGGACCUCGACCUGAACAUGGACGUGGACGUGGACGUGGACAUGGACGUGGACGUGGACGUGGACGUGGACGUGUACGUGGACCUGGACGUGGACGUGGACGUGGACGUGGACAUGGACGUGGACAUGGACGUGGACGUGGACAUGGACGUGGACGUGGACGUGGACGUAGACGUGGACGUGGACAUGGACGUGGACGUGGACGUGGACAUGGACGUGGACGUGGACGUGGACGUGGACAUGGACGUGGACGUGGACGUGGACCUGGACGUGGACGUGGACGUGGACGUGGACGUGGACGUGGACAUGGACGUGGACAUGGACGUGGACGUGGACGUGGACGUGGACGAGGACAUAGACGUGGACGUGGACGUGGACGUGGACGUGGACGUGGACGUGGACAUGGACGUGGACGUGGACGUGGACAUGGUCGUAGAUGUGGACGUGGACAUGGACGUGGACGUGGACGUGGACAUGGACGUGGACAUGGACGUGGACGUGGACGUGGACAUGGACGUGGACGUGGACGUGGACGUGGACGUGGACGUGGACAUGGACGUGGACGUGGACAUGGACGUGGACGUGGACGUGGACGUGGACAUGGACAUGGACGUGGACGUGGACGUAGACGUGGACGUGGACGUGGACAUGGACGUGGACGUGGACGUGGACGUGGACGUGGACGUGGACAUGGACGUGGACGUGGACGUGGACGUGGACGUGGACGUGGACCUGGGCGUGGACGUGGACGUGGACGUGGACGUGGACGUGGAUAUGGACGUGGACGUGGACGUGGACCUGUGGACCUCGACGUGGACGUGGAUAUGGACGUGGACGUGGAUAUGGACCUGA